AGGUGCCUCAUGGCAGCCCGCCCCUCCGGCCUGGUUUCCUCAGGAAAAGCCUUGGGAGGAAGCAGGGAGGGGGUUGGGAGCUGUGGGGGCCAGACUAACCCAAGCCCUCCCACUGCACUGGCCGCCAUGGGGCUGGGGCUCCUGUUCCUUCUGCUGCUGCUCUGGACUCGGGGGACCCAGGGGUCUGAGCUGGACCCCAAUGGGCGGCACGUCUGCAUGGCCAGCAGCCCCUCUGCUGAGCUCCACUGCUGCCCAGGCUGGAGGCAGAAUGAUCGAGAAUGCACCACCCCCAUCUGCGAGGGGCUGGACGUCUGCCGGGAAGACGAGGUAUGUGUGAAACCAGGCCUCUGUCGAUGCAAACCUGGAUUCUUCGGGGCCCGGUGCAACUCGCGCUGCCCGGGCCAGUACUGGGGCCCCGACUGCCGGGAGAGCUGCGCCUGCCACCCGCACGGCCAGUGCGAGCCGGCCACGGGCGUGUGCCACUGCCAAUCCGACCGCUGGGGCGACCGCUGCGAGUUCCCGUGCGCCUGCGGCCCCCACGGGCGUUGCAACCCCGAGACCGGCGCGUGCCGCUGCGAGCCCGGCUGGUGGUCGCCCACGUGCCGCCGCCCGUGCCAGUGCAACCCGGCGGCGGCGCGCUGCGAUCAGGCCACCGGCUCCUGCCUGUGCGAGCCGGGCUGGUGGGGCCGCCGCUGCAGCUUCCGCUGCGCCUGCCACGGCUCGCCGUGCGCGCAGGAGUCGGGCCGCUGCGCCUGCCGGCCCGGCUGGUGGGGCUCCGAGUGCCGGCAGCCUUGCGAGUGCGUGCGCGGCCGCUGCAGCGUCGCCUCCGGCCUGUGCACAUGCCCGCCCGGCUUCCGCGGCGCGCGCUGCGAGCUGCCCUGCCCCGCAGGCCGCUACGGGCUUCAGUGCCGCGACAGCUGUGGCCACUGCAAGCAGAAUGAGCCAUGUUCUGCAGACACAGGUAGCUGCGAGUCCUGCGAGCCGGGCUGGAAUGGGACUCAGUGCCACGAGCCCUGCCCUCCUGGCACCUUUGGCGAGAGCUGCAGGCAGCAGUGCCCCCACUGCCGGCUUGGGGAGGCCUGCCAGCCAGACACCGGGCACUGUCGACAUUGUGACCCUGGCUGGCUGGGGCCCAGGUGUGAAGACCCCUGCCCGAUUGGCACCUUUGGGGAGGGUUGUGGCUCUACCUGCCCCACCUGUGUCCGGGGGGCCUGUGAUGCUGUGACUGGGGAGUGUGUCUGCAACGCCGGCUACUGGGGGCCCAGCUGCAACACUUCGUGCCCAUCUGGCUUCCACGGAAACAACUGCUCUGUUCCCUGCGAAUGUCCAGAGGGAAACUGCCACCCUGUCUCUGGGGCCUGCCAGCUGGGAUCCCAUGGUCAGGAUGCCGCCCUCCUUGCGGGCAUCCUUGUGCCUCUGCUGCUUCUCCUCCUGGCCAUCGCCUGCUGUGCUUGCUGCUGCUGGGCUGCCCGGCUGGAUCCCAAGGACAGGCCAGCGAGAGAUGGGACCGCUAUGUCCAGGAUGAAGCUGCAGGUCUGGGGGGCACUGACCUCCAGCCUGGGCUCUGCGCUGCCCUGCGGUUCCCUCAGCAGCCACAAGCUUCCCUGGGUGACGGUCUCGCACCAUGAUCCGGAGAUCCCCUUCAACCAUAGCUUCAUCGAACCGCCCUCGGCUGGCUGGGCCUCGGACGACUCCUUCUCUACUGAUCCCGAGUCUGGAGAAGAGGACGAAGGUCCUGCCUACUGCGUGCCACCCCAAGAAGGGGUGGUCCCUGUGGCCCAAGCAGAGUCACCAGAGGCCAGCCUGACCGGAGGUCCCUUCCCUCCCGCUGAGGAUGCCUCCACGCCGUUUGCCAUCCCGCGCACUUCCAGCCUAGCUCGGGCCAAGCGGCCGUCAGUCUCCUUUGCCGAAGGCACCAAGUUUGCACCACAGAGCUGCCGAGGCUCCGGGGAGCUCUCCAGCCCUCUCCGUAAGCCCAAGAGGCUCUCCCGGGGGGGCCAGCCAGGUCCUGAAAGCCAGGAGGCCGAGGAGUCCACAGGCCCAGAGCAAGCAGAAAUGAACGGGGCCCCUCCAGGUGCCGCCAGCCCCAGGGAUUCAGCCACUGGCCGCCGCCGGCUCCCGCUUAGUGGCCGGACGGUGGCUGAACGUGUGGAAGCCAUUGAGGGCAGUGUCCAGGAGAGUGCAGGCUCUGUGACCACAAUCUACAUGCUGGCAGGGACACCCCGGGGAUCUGAGGGCCCCGUCCGGUCUGUCCUCCGCCGUUUUGGUAGCUUCCAGAAAGGCCAGGCAGAGCCUAAGGUCAAGAGUGCCAUCCCUAAGCCUCCACGCCGGGCCCUGAGUCGGAACAAGGGCAGCCCCGGGCCGGCCUCUGGCUCUGCCGAUCAGAGCUCCAGCUCAGCCCCAAGUGAGGAGCUGACAGGGGCCUUGGAGUCUGCAGGGACUGGGCCAGAGGAAGUGGCCAGGGGGCUAGGGGAUGGCAUCAAGAGCUCAGGGAGGGGCCAGGAGCUGGUCCCUGAGGGUGGUCCCCUAGAACAGGAUCCCCAGAAGCUGGCUGACGAGGAAGGGCAGGAGGAGCCCCAGUAUGAGAAUGUCGUACUCAUCUCUGGGCCGCCAGAGCCCUGAGGACCUUGAAUUUCGUGAGUGGGAAGACUGGAUGGUGCUUAGGCAUCCGAACUGCCCCGAAUUAGAUGGUGUUUUGUGCUGGGAAAAGAUCCCAGGGCCAGGAAAGACACGCUGGAGCCCCUGCACUUCCACCGGGACAUGUCAGAGCUGGAGGCCAGUUGGCUCUGGCCCUGGCCAUGCUCUGGGAGUGGGUCUGGAAGGCCUGGGCAGAGACCCCACAGGAUGGGGUCAGGAAGGGGAAAGCGAUGGCUGCAGGGACUUUUUCUCUGUUGUCCUGUACUCUGUUUGCCCCCAAAGGCUAUUCUUUCCUUCAUUUGCAAAACAUUUUUCUGAAAUGGGAAACAACCUAAAUGUUUGAUGCUGAAAGAUUAAUUAAAGAGCUAUUCCUUAUGAAAGGUUCCUAAACAACCAUAAUAAAUCAGGUCGUGUAAGAAUAUUUAAUAUGGGAGCAUGUUCACACUAUCCUGCUACGUGUAAAAAGUAAGUUUUCUUUUUACAAAUUUCAUUCCUUUUGGCCUCAGAAUACGUUUAGAAUUCUUCCAUUUUUUGUUUAUUUCGUGACCCUUUUACAGACUUUUUAAAAAAAGAUGGAUGUGCAUAAAAAAGAUUUGAAGGGGCUUCCCUGGUGGCGCAGUGGUUGAGAGUCCGCCUGCCCAUGCAGGGGACGUGGGUUCGUGCCCCGGUCCGGGAAGAUCCCACAUGCCGCGGAGCGGCUGGGCCCGUGAGCCAUGGCCGCUGAGCCUGCGCGUCCGGAGCCUGUGCUCCGCAACGGGAGAGGCCACAGCAGUGAGAGGCCCGCGUACCGCGAAAAAAAAAAGAUUUGAGGGAAAGGCAUCAAAUGACAUUUUUCUCUGGGAGACGAGAUUGUGGCAGAUAUUUAUUUUCUUCUUAAAUUUUUGCAUAAUUUGCAACUUUUCUACAGUGAACGUUCUUUUCACUUUUCUCACUAGGUUGAAUAUUUAAAAUUAUAAUAGGCAAUAUUCUUCGUUAAAAAUAAAAAGUACUAACAUUAUAGACAUGUCUAGAGUAAAAAUGAGAUUUCUCUUCUCCCCAGAGGAUUCUGGGGGAUGAGGGAGGGGCCAGACUUAAUUUUCACGGAGUGCCUGUUGGUCUAGUUCUGAAUACUUUCCUCACAUACUUGUAUUAGCCAGUCAGGAAAUAAAGAGCAAGUCCCUCCGUCCCAGUGUGCAGAGAAUCUCAUGAACAGGUUAGAUGCUUCCUUUCAAAUGUUUUUCUGUGCGCGUGAAAAUAAAACAACAUACCGUUCUGCAAUUUGCUUUUUUACUUAACAAUAUAACCUGGCUAUCUUUUGAUGUCAGUAAAUAUAAAGCUACCUCUUUUUAUAAAAAAUGGCUGCAUGGGAUUCCAUCAUGUGGAAAUAACACAGGUUAUUUAAACCAUCCCCUGCCUAUGGGGAUGUGGGUUGUUUCUAAUUGUUUUGAUACAAUAAAUGAUGCAGUGGACAA